CUGUGCAUGAAUGUGUUGAAAAGACUUUUUUUAGUUUGUUACUGUCUACUUGGUGAGAAAAGGAGGUGAUCCCUUGCUUGCUUUAUACUCAUGUAGUCCUUCAGCUGUCGUUAUUUUCAGUUUUAAAUAUCUCUCUCAGUGGGGAUUGAAUUCUUCGGUAGUGUUUGCGGGCAAACAAACAACAGGUCGGUAAUGCUCGCUACAACUCACUGCAAGUCGACCUACAGACUACAGUCUAGCUGAUCCACACCCUUGUCCGAUGGCGUGAAGAUAGCAGCUGCUACGUUCUGUCCGCUAGUUUUGUGUAAUCUCCACCUUGUCCGGGUUUUUUUAGCAUGGCUGAUGUAGCCGGAGCUCGUGAUGGAUUUGUGGCCAUUCCUGGCGGGCUGGUGAUAGAUGGCAAACCAGUCAAGUUUGUCAGUCCGCCACUGGAGUCGCAGCUUUGCUUGUUCUGCAAGGGAGUUCUCCAGGAUCCGGUCUUGUCCAUUCGCUGCGGCCACACGUUCUGCAGGGCGUGCUGCAACAAGCGAAUGGUCAACGACUCCGGCAAAUGUCCCGUCGAAGAAACACCAUUCAGCAGCGAGUCCCUCGUUGUCAAUGUAGCUCUGGCAAGCCAGAUCGGCAGCCUGCUCGUUUACUGUCGCUACGGUGUUCGUAAUGAUGAGGUUCGAGGGGAAUGGUCACUGGACGAAAACGGCUGCCCGCAAACCGUUCGCUUCAGCGGUCGGAACGAGCACGAAGCGGCGUGUGACUUCGCCAAGCUACCGUGUCCUCAUGACGAGGCGAGGUGCGGUAAUUUUCGUCGGAAAAUGCUACAGAGCCACAUCGAGAAUUGUCCCAAUACGCCAUGCCCGAAUGCAGAGCAGGGCUGCAGGUUUCGCGGGGAUCCGGAGAGCGUUGCACAGCAUCAUCGCAUCUGCAGCUUGUCAUUGGAGCUGAACAGCGCUGAAAAGGUGAAAGACGCACUGAGCAAGCUGCUGGAGAACCACCAUGAGCUGCAGGGUAAACAUGACCAGCUGAAGAGGGAGUUUGACGCUCGACUGGCCCAGCAGCGCGAAGAGCGGCAGCAGUGGCAGCAAGAGAGGAAGAACAUUCUGAGCAGGCUGGAUGAGACUCGUGACGAACUGCAGAGAGUAUCGGAGCACUGCGGUGAACUAGAGCGGCGGCUAGAGAGCGUCGUGAAGACCCUGCCCCAGGGAUAUCGGAUGCGUAACCGCGAUAGCACCUCUAGCGUGGCGGCGCUAGUGGAGAAUGGCGGCUAUGGAACCAGCCCCAGCCUGGCACAUCGGUCUCUGCUAGAGGAAGCCCCGGCUACAUCAACAGUGACCAGGACACCGUCAAACCCGAAGCCAGAACGGAAUCGUGCCAGUGCCCUUGCAGCAAGACCUACUAAUCUCAUUGUGUCUUGGGAGCAUCAGAUGCCAUUCAAGUUCAAAUGCAUCGGAACUUUCAAAGGUCACCAGCACACGGUAUGGAAGCUGAUCUCACAUGGCUCAACUCUGUACAGUGCUGAUGGCAGUGGUACCAUCAAAGUCUGGGACAUGAACAACUUGCUGCGUGGCUGUGUGCAUACCAUACCUGUGGCACAUUCAGAAGCUAUCCUGGCAAUGGCAACGAAUGGUGAGUUCUUGUUCACCGCUGGCUCAGACCUGAGUAUCAUAGGCUGGGACUGCAAGAGUCUCAAGAAAGUCUCAUCGGCUAAGGAUGCGCAUGAUGAUGAUAUUGACUGCUUGGAAAUUAUCGGUGACUUUCUGUUCAGCACGUCACACAGCAAGAUAAAGGUUUGGGAUAUUCAUAGUCUGCAACACAAGCACACUAUGCAGGGCUUACAUCACCGAGUCAGAGCAUUGGUCUACGACAGGAAACGGGAGCGGUUGUACAGUGGCUCUCACAACGUUAUACACGUAUGGGAUGCAGUAGAGCCGUUCAGUCUUCUUGCACGCAUUGACACCAAGUUUGGAUCCAUCUUCAGCCUUGUCAUAACAAAGAAGUACCUAGCAACAGGUACAUACAACCGUAACGUUCAUCUGUAUGACAUCGAGACACAUGAAUACAUACAUGCUCUCAGUGGUCACCUGGGAGCGGUGGCUACAAUGGGACGCUCACCGACUGGCAGCUUCUUGGUCACAGGAUCCCAUGACAGCACUCUUCAGGUCUGGGACUUGGAAAAGGCUUUACCGUAUCAGAUUCUUCAAAGACACGAGUCUUGUGUGAACACAAUCCUUGUCCGUAGCGACCUGUUGUUCAGCGGAUCAGAUGACAAGGAGAUCAAAGUGUUCAAACUCUUCCGCCAGCAAGAUUACAGUGCAAGCUAGUACUCCGGGGCAGUAUGAAGCUGACCAACAUUGACAGCCGCAUGACUCCGCAGUCUCAGUGCCUUCCACACAGUAUUCAGUGCUGCUAGGAUCAAGCUGUUGUUUGCACACCAUCACCAGCGGUCGUGUCCGCAGGCACCAACAAGCGGUGUAUCACUGAGCUGAACGAAAUCAGGACUCUGAUCUGUAUGUCAAAAGUGUGGACCAAUUGUCCAUAUUUUCGGCGACACCAGCCUAGGACCCGUUUUGUGUUCUUGUUGAUUGUUUUUUAGAGCAAACUACAAGUAAGUAAUGGACAACUUGUAAACUUAUGGUCCUCUCUUCUUUUUUAAUUUUUUUUAAAUACAGGUAAGUUGUGAGACAUUGCUAUAACACAGCAUCACUGGAAUUCCUCUGGCACUAUAUAACUGUGGCACUGCAUUGCUGUGGCACUGCAUUGCUGUGGCACUGCAUUGCUGUGGCACUGCAUUGCUGUGGCACUGCAUUGCUGUGGCACUGCAUUGCUGUGGCACUGCAUUGCUGUGGCACUGCAUUGCUGUGGCACUGCAUUGCUGUGGCACUGCAUUGCUGUGGCACUGCAAUGCUGUGGCACUGCAUUGCUGUGGCACUGCAUUGCUGUGGCACUGCAUUGCUGUGGCACUGCAUUGCUGUGGCACUGCAUUGCUGUGGCACUGCAUUGCUGUGGCACUGCAUUGCUGUGGCACUGCAUUGCUGUGGCACUGCAUUGCUGUGGUGUUGCCACUUGAUUGCCUCACAGUCCCAGUACUCAGUAUUACUAUUGGUAGAGUGCGGGCACAUCUGCCACAUCAUUAGACUCUCUAGUGUAGGUAAGGCUAAGUUAUCAGGUAGCUUGAGAGUACGUGACUGACUAUUGAACCUUUGUGCACCAUUCUGUGAUUUUAUGAUUUCACAAUAUUCAGUAUUUGAUACGAGAUGACUCCGGCCGUUGAUAUCAGAAUCA